AAAUCCAACACGGUUUUGAGUUUGACUCUUAAAGCUCGUCAUCUCUCCUUUUUCAUAUUUUUUCCGGAAAACUAAAUUGUAGAUCCGUCCAAUCACAAAGCUCCCCACAAACGGAACGAGUACUGCACAAACACAACCAUCAGAGACGGGACACAGAUUUCUUCUCUUCGCUCUUGAUCCAUGGGACGUGGGAUCGUCACAACGUAGAAACUGGAUUGCUUUUUUUGCAUUUUGUGAUUGAUUCCACCAAAACCCAAUUGUGAUCACUCCAAUGCGGUCUGCCAAAAGACCCCAGAAAAAUACAGAUUUGAGCAGAACCCGGAUAUAUAGAUCUAAAUUAUACUUGCAAUCUCGGUUUCAAUCACAGAGGCAUUGCCAGUGGUUGAUUUGCGCAUUUGGGUUCGGAUCUGAUGGUUUGUGUUUUAAGGCCAUGGCUGAUUGUCGGUAUAUUCAGUCCUGGCGACUCUCCUAGGGUUGUUGUGCUCGGCAACGACCUGGGGCUGCAUACACGACGAUGCAGCUUCACUUCUCGCCUAGCAUGAGAAGUAUCACGAUAUCGAGCAGCAAUGGCUUUAUUGACUUAAUGAAGAUCAAGGUCGCAGCUCGCCACAUUUCUUAUCGAACCCUCUUUCACACCAUCCUCAUCUUAGCGUUCUUAUUGCCUUUUGUCUUCAUUCUCACUGCUGUCGUUACCCUUGAAGGUGUCAACAAGUGCUCCUCAUUUGGUUGUUUAGGCAGGCGGUUAGGACCAAGGUUUCUCAGUAGAGUUGAUAAUUCAGGGCAGCGGUUGGUCAGAGACUUUUACAAAAUCCUAAACGAAGUGAAGUCUGGGGAAAUCCCAGCUGGUCUAACACUGCCAGAUUCAUUUGAACACCUGGUUUCUAAUAUGAAUAGCAAUCACUAUGAUGCAAAGAUGUUUGCAUUCAUCUUAAGGGGAAUGAUGGAGAAAUUUGAAAGAGAUAUCAGAGAGUCUAAGUUUGCAGAGCUUAUGAAUAAACACUUUGCAGCAAGUUCAAUCCCUAAAGGAAUUUAUUGUCUUUCCUUGCGAUUGACUGAUGAGUACUCGUCAAAUGCCCAUGCUCGUAAACAAUUGCCUUCUCCUGAGUUACUUCCUUUACUGUCUGAUAACUCUUACUACCAUUUCAUUCUGUCAACUGAUAACAUCUUGGCUGCUUCAGUAGUAGUAACUUCCACUGUACAGUCUUCUCUAAAGCCUGAGAAGAUCGUGUUCCAUGUCAUCACUGACAAGAAAACUUAUGCGGGCAUGCAUUCAUGGUUUGCACUAAAUUCUGUCUCCCCUGCUAUUGUUGAAGUCAGAGGCAUUCACCAGUUUGACUGGUUGAGUAGAGAAAAUGUUCCAGUUCUUGAAGCUGUAGAAAAUCAAAAUGGGAUUCGGGAUUACUACCAUGGAAAUCAUGUAGCAGGAGCCAAUCUCAGUGAAACAACUCCACGUACAUUUGCUUCAAAAUUGAUGUCCAGAAGUCCAAAGUACAUCUCGUUACUCAAUCAUCUACGUAUAUACAUACCAGAGCUUUUCCCAAACCUUGACAAGGUGGUUUUUUUAGAUGAUGAUAUUGUUGUCCAGCGUGACUUGUCUCCACUUUGGGAAAUUGAUCUUGAAGGGAAAGUUAAUGGAGCUGUGGAAACUUGCAGAGGUGAAGACGAGUGGGUGAUGUCUAAGCGUUUCCGAAAUUACUUCAAUUUUUCCCAUCCCCUCAUUGCAAAUCAUUUGGACCCUGAUGAGUGUGCAUGGGCUUAUGGGAUGAAUGUCUUUGAUCUGCGUGCAUGGAGGAACACAAAUAUAAGAGAAACGUAUCAUUCCUGGCUCAAAGAGAAUCUGAUGUCAAACCUGACAAUUUGGAAGCUUGGAACCCUACCACCUGCUUUGAUUGCGUUUAGAGGUCAUGUUCAUCCCAUUGACCCCUCCUGGCACCUGCUUGGCUUGGGUUAUCAAAAUAAAACCAGUAUCGAGGACGUGAAAAAGGCUGCAGUUAUCCACUAUAAUGGCCAGUCAAAGCCCUGGUUGCAAAUUGGCUUUGAUCAUCUUCGGCCAUUUUGGACCAAGUAUGUUAAUUAUUCUAAUGAUUUUGUAAGGACCUGUCACAUCUUGGAGUCAUAGCUGAGGAGCAAGAAGCUAUGGUAUGAGAUAUAUAUAUAUAUAUAUAUAUAUGUAUAGAACCGAAGAGAUACAAAGUAAUACAGGUUUUUGCGGCUUGAGUUUUUAUUGGACAUGAAUUUGAGAAGGGAGAUAGAAGAAAGUUGGUUGAAAGGCCAAGACAUUUAAAGCAUUGUGGGUGUAUUUUGCUGGCAUCCCAACGUUUUUGCAGAUAUGGUACCAUCCUGACAUGCUCUUAAGCAACAAGUUCAGAUGGUGACACAGCAACAAUGCCACCUCUAAUUCUGGUUCUAGUUGGAGAAAGAGAGAAUACUACUAUCGAUCUUCUGUGAGGGACAAUAGAGAAUAUUGAAGGAAGUGAAUAUGAAGAUGGAGAAAGCUGAAACCUGUGUCAUGGUUGGUUCUAAAAACAGCAUGCUAGGACAU